UUGUUUACGUAUAUGACAACAACAAUAACCAAGGGGUUGCAACAACAAACCAUGGAGACAGAAUACAAUAAUUUUUUAGAUAAAAAAAGGUAGAACGAAGGUAACAAACAAAUUAUUGCAGUGAUAAUGAUUUGAAAUAGUAAUGAAAGUUGGACAAACAGAGCUGGCAUCCAAGUUAUCACACCUUUCUAUAGUAUCACCACCCAACCCUCUUCUAUGUAUCAGCAACGAAUCUAAACGAGAAAGAAAUACCUACUCAUAUGGAAAAUGUUACCAACCUAUGAAAGAUUGAAUGGACCAAAAGUAUUGUUCAAGAUUGCCUUUUCCAAAAUUGCCAUUAGUGCUAUUAGUCUAGCCUUAGGUGCAUUUUUGUUUUGCAUAUUCUGGUCAGUGGUGUUCGACUUUGAACGAUCCACUUUCACUCACUGCGAUGUGAGAAAUUAUCUGCCCUCAAUUUCUGCGGCCAUAGGUAACUAUGAGCCGCAAAAGUCCAUUUGGCGCAUUUCCAUCAUACUCCAUUUACCUGCUCGUUUGGCCGUGGCCCAUAUCUAUUACAAUUACUACAAAGAACACAUACGAAAAAAUCGACGCAUAUUCGCUCAAAUAGCCGUUGCAUUGAAUGUGAUUGAAAAUUUUGCUUUACUUUCACUAUCGGUAUGGACAUCUUCUGAUAGCUAUGACAUACACAGGAAUGCAUUUGUCGCCUUUAUUGCAUCUAGUGAACUAUAUAUGAUUAUAUCAUACUUUCUGAAUAAAAAUGGACGGAAGCAAGCAUUGACAGAAACCGAGGAGAAGUCGGUACGGUACAAACUUUCUUGCUUUCUAAUAAAUCUGUUGGCAUUUGCCUUGGCGGGUUACUUUUUCGUACGACACAAUUCAAAGUGUGAGCCAGGUGUGUACACACUUUUUGCGUUGUUCGAGUAUGUUGUGGUUUUUUCUAAUAUGAGCUACCAUAUGACAUCAUAUUGGGAUUUUUAUGGAUAUUUUGUACACUUCGAUAAGGAAAAUGGAAUGUAUUUAUCGCACUUAUAGCUGUAACUUGUAGCAUAACAUUUUUGUUUACAUUAAUGGGUCGAUUAUGGAUUGCAAAUCAACUUCAGUUGCGUUGUCAAAGGGCUAAUUUGUUUUGGAAAUUUCAAUUUCGGUAUUGAAAUAUAUUUUUUUGCAAUUUA